AUGCGCCUCUCACAGACCUGGGAGCCGGCGGCUGCCUUUUACGGCCGCUGACAUCAGCUGGGAUGUGAAGGCGAAAUAUAGAGUGGGUGACGUCAUCGGGCGGCUCCACACGCGAUAGGAGGAGGAGCCGGGGGGUGGGGACUGGUGGCACUCGCAGACGGGCUGGGAGUAACCGGCGGCGGGUGUUGGAAGUACCGUUAUUCAGCAGCAGCGGAGUGUGCCAGUGGGAGACAGCAGCAGCAGUGCAAGCGCUCAGCAGAGAUAAGGGCGUAGCUCUGCUCGCUGCCACCGCCCUGUGUCUGAGCUCAGUCGCCGUGCAGACAGCUCCUAGUCCAGUGCCAGCCGCACCCGAGCCCCUGCCACCCGAGCAACCAGUCCCCGUGAUACAAGAUGGUGGACCGCGAGCAGCUGGUGCAGAAAGCCCGACUGGCUGAGCAAGCCGAAAGAUACGAUGACAUGGCGGCUGCGAUGAAAGCAGUGACCGAAUUAAAUGAGCCUCUCUCAAAUGAAGAAAGGAACUUGUUGUCUGUAGCUUACAAGAAUGUUGUUGGAGCCCGUCGAUCUUCCUGGAGGGUAAUAAGCAGUAUUGAACAGAAGACUUCUGCUGAUGGAAAUGAAAAAAAAAUAGAAAUGGUGCGUGCCUAUCGUGAAAAAAUUGAAAAGGAAUUAGAAGCAGUAUGCCAAGAUGUGUUGAGUCUCUUGGAUAAUUUCCUCAUCAAAAAUUGCAGUGAAACGCAGUAUGAAAGCAAAGUGUUCUACCUGAAAAUGAAGGGAGAUUAUUACAGAUAUCUAGCAGAAGUAGCCACUGGUGAGAAGAGAGCAGCAGUUGUUGAAUCAUCUGAAAAAGCUUAUAGUGAGGCUCAUGAAAUCAGCAAAGAGCACAUGCAGCCCACUCAUCCAAUCAGGCUAGGCUUGGCUCUUAACUAUUCUGUGUUCUACUACGAGAUACAAAAUGCACCUGAACAAGCCUGCCAUCUGGCCAAGACGGCUUUUGAUGAUGCCAUUGCUGAGCUUGAUACCCUGAACGAGGACUCCUACAAGGACUCUACACUUAUCAUGCAACUCCUACGUGACAACCUUACACUCUGGACAAGUGAUCAGCAAGACGAUGAUGCUGGAGAAGGCAACAAUUAAGACCUCCUUAUGGACUGGCAGCCGCACGCUGAUGCUACUACCGCAGUCUUUAUUUUUUUUCCCACAAGUGGGGGGUAUAGGGUGGGGGAGGGUGUGAGUGAGGGACAACCUCCCCAGGGUAGACCCUACCACCUGUCUUUGAUUGCCUCUUCGACAUUUUGCCAAAACACCACGAGUGGAAAGUUAGACUGGCUGUGCUGGUAUGGAAUGGCAGCCAAACACUGGCACAUGGACUGUUCUCUAGAUACUUAAAGUGGAGCUGUUUUUAAUUUUAAGUUAUCGCUAGACAUAUUUUAGAAAGAGAUAUAAGGGUAGGAAUAACUUGAAUGAAAUGCUUUUUUCAAAUAGUUUUGUGAUUCCAGUAAAUUACUUCAUAUUUAUUAUGUGUCCAUGUUUUGCCCUUAAUUUCUGUGUGUACUUUGCACCCUUCGCCUACUGAAUCCUAAUAUACAUCCAUUUGCUCUGCCAAAGGUAAACUGACAAUAUUCAUUCUAAUGUAUUCACUAGUAUACCUGGAAAUGUAACUUAUCAGUACUUUAAUGCCCAGUCUAUUGAUUGUUCCUUUCUUCAUUGGCAAACUUGUGCAUUUCUUCUUCCAAAAUUGUAGCGUUCAGUUCCAUAAAUUAGGAUAUUUUUGCCAAAAUGAAAGGGUUGGGUAAUAGUUCUUAUCUGUAUUUUACACCUAGUAAAACAAUGUAAUUGAGAAGAAAGCCCCCACAACUAAUUUGCUUCACAGCCAUAGUCUUGUUACUAAUUCCAUAUUGGAGAAUUUUACGUUGGGGUAAAAAUCGCAAGUAUUGUUUUAUAUUGGGUGCCUCCAAGUAAUGUUUUAGUCUUGUGUUAGAGUAGUUUAGACAGAUGUGUUCCUGGUAAAGGUAAAUGCAAAAUAUAAAUGUAACAAGUUUCUUACCCUGUUUUUACUGUAUUGGUUGGUCUGACCCCCUAUCCCUUUCAUCAGAUUUUGUUGUUGCCCUUUAAUGCACAGACAGUAGUUUGGAUUUUCUGGCAAUAUUUGAUUAUUACUAUUUUUUUCAGAAUGAUGGAUAAGAAAAAGUACUUUUAAUGGUUUUUAUGCAAGUUAAUUGAGUUAACUCUUUUAUGCCUUCUAUUUUGUCUCUAACUAAAACUAAUUAUGAAGUACAAAUAAGAUGCAACAAGGCACAGAUUUCUUUAUUUUGUCAAGUAAUGACACUGCAUCAUCUGCUAUAAGCAAAGGUAGUUUAUCACACACGCAUAUAGUACAUGUCUGUUAGCAUGCCUUUUACAUGGAUAAUUCCUGUAUGAAAAUUCUGUAUGACGUAAUUUCCUGACUGAUUUGGUACUUGCAACCAAAGUUCUAAACGUUCUAGUUUAGAAGUAUUUCAAAGGUAACUGCAUAGGAGGAGGGUUUUUUCUUUCUUUAAAGAUUGAGUUUUGUAGAAGCCAUAGGUAAUUACAGGGCAUGUAUCAAGCAAAAUGUCAUCAAAUACAACAGUGUUUCUUAAAGUUUUCUUGCUUGUGAAUUUUUCAUAUUCAAUGUUUAAGACUGAUUGGUACCGCAUACAAACACAUUUUGUGGCUUUGUAACCCAGUAAGUGAAAUGUUAUCUGCAGUGUCCCGUUGUUCCACUAUGUCCAGUGGUCAGUGUUAUAUUUAAGUGUCCUGUCUGGAAGUAAUCUACUGGAAUUACAUAAACUAUUUUCUUGGCUGCUAUUAAACCGUAAAUAUCUUAAGAUGGCAUCAAUGCUAGGAAUGAUUAAUAGGUUCUAAGCAGCAUUUUCUUUUUUUUUUUUUUUUUAUUGCACUUGCCUAUAUAACAGUUUCUCCAAUGGAAUUACUACCGCUGCAUUAAUCUUAAUACAAUAUUGUGCAUGCUAGUGUUGUAUUUCUAUAACGUAGCUUGAAAUUAAAUUAUACAGUAGGUGUUAUGUAUUCCUAUGGCAAGCCAACUAGUCUUCAAUUUUAUUGCCUUUAUUUUAAAGAAAAAAUUAUUUUCUGCAUUGGAAAGUGAGGAUUAAAGGGUAGACCUUGUUCUCUAUGGCUGAAAUAGUCACUUAUUGGUCUGUAAUGGAUGUUGCUAUUGUGACAUGCAAAUAUAUCAUUUUGGUCUAUAAAGAAAAACAUAACCAAAAAAAAUGUAAAAUCUAAAAAAAAAAACUAUAUAUAAAAAUUGACUAUGAAGUGGGAGGGAUCAUAAACACCAGUUUUAGCCUAACCUCAAUGUCUGGUGUUAGUCAUGGUGAAAUUCUAAUUAUUAAUGUGUAGGACAAUUACUGUUUUGAAUAAGCCUAUGUUUGUGCUUCUUUGUCAUUGUAAUGCAGUGAAAUUAUUUAAGGUCUGAUCAGUGGAUUAUAAUUUUUACUUUUUACAUUUUUGUUUCAACUCCGUGUUUCAGUUUUCUUUUUCUUUUUAAAUAUUUAUUUAUUUUUAUUUUUAUUUGGCACACGGACCAUUCUAGCAGUUUUCCUCAGUGAUGGAAUAUCAUGAAUGUGAUUCAUUAUGUAAAUGUCGCACAUUGAGCAAAUAAACUUACAGAUCUGA